UGGAAGCUAAUAAGCGAGAUUUAAUGUUGGGAUUCUAACCUCGUUCAAAAACACCCUCGAAUGUUUGCUGUCUCACCAUAGCUGAUGUUAAUACGUGUGUUAUUAAUAUAUGUUCAGUUCGAUACAACAGCUUGUAAUAACAAACUAACAUGAAUACAUUGCAUCUGAUAAUUUUUACAAUGCUUUUAAUACAUAAUUCUUAGUAUUAUCAUGGUAAAUCCCUUUAAAUGGGCUUCGAAAUUGGCAGGAAAGCGAUCUCGCGAUACUUGUGUAAUCUUGUCUUCUUUUUACUACCUUGCGUGACGUCCUGCCCUCAUCAUUUUCUACCACCCCGCUUGGCUACAAGGUAUCGGCAGGCCGUCGUCCUCUCAAAACUUUUAAACACAACAUGGACAUUUUGACCGUGCUGCCGGCCAACUUCGGCUUCGCCAUAUUUACCUACCUGUACAGCUGGAUUAUGCUGGGGUACUUGGCAGUGAAAGUCGGGGCUGCAAGGAAGAAUUACAACGUCAAGUACCCAACAAUGUACAGUGACAAGGAUCAGGUAUUCAACUGCAUCCAGAGAGCGCACCAGAACACGCUGGAGGUGUACUCGCAGUGGCUCGUCUUCCAAACCAUUGCGGCUCUUGUCUACCCGUUAUCAGCUUCGGUGCUGGGGGCUAUUUGGGUGACCAGCAGGUUUUCCUAUGCUUGGGGCUACUACACAGGAGAUCCAGCCAUGAGGAUGAAUGGUGCCUAUGGCUACAUUGGAUACUUCGGAGUCAUCUUUCUGUCCAUAUCUGUAGCCUUGCAGUUGCUUGGAGUCUUUUAAGACAAUUGUCAUCUUGUUUACUCAUUUAUACUGGCUGACAUGCCAUUUUCAAAUGUAUCAACCCUAAAGGCGCUGUACAAUUCUUCUCUGUAUACUGAUUUCAAAAUAUGAUGCUAAACACCUUUCUGCGGACCACUAACUUGCUACUUGAUUGUUAUUUUUUUCUUCUAUUUGUUGUGAAUGUCUCUAUGCAAUCGUCAAUAAAGUAAUGUAGAUGCUGAUUGAUGCUACAGCCUUUGGCUUUUGCUCUGUUCACAGUUGCAAGCGAUACAUUUUAUGAAUAAUGAAAGGGUGGGCAGCAUGCUCAAAGCCCCCAUGUGACUCACACAUGAUGUGCGAGGCAUAAAUCUUAGAUGAGAUUAUACAGCAAACGGCUGGAAGUACACCGACAGGUGUAAUAAAGGAACCAAGAGACCUAAUGGUAAUUGCUUCAGGUUAUUGUAAAGUGUAAACGUAUAUUCGUCCGUUACAAUAAACUCUUUCAUAAGUA